UAACCUGCAGCUUCACAGUGAGGCAAUAAAUUACUUUCUCAGCUCCUCUCUUUAAAGCUGCUGAGUGUUUUGGAUCAUUAUCCUACUGGAUGACCUCUGACCCCUGAUCACAUGUUCUCCAGCAGCAGCUCUGGUCCUUCCACAGGUCUGAGGGGGAACAGCUGCGGCCUUUGACCUCUGCAGGAUGGGAUGUGCUCCAGUAGUUUUCCUCCGGCAGACCGAGGAUCGAUAAGCACCACGUGUCGAUCCUGGAAUGUUACUCGGGUCCAGAACGGUUCUGUUCUGGUUUCCAUUGACGGGUCUGCAGCCUCCAGAACCUCCAGAACCUCACAUGGGUUCCUGAAUUCAGCUCUGUUUCUAUGUCUAAACUGUUUGACAUGAAAAAUUUCUGUUGCUUUUUCUGCAUUUUUUUAUAUUUUUGGUUUUUUUAUCUCCUGGUUUUUUAUCUUUCUCUUUUUCUCUCCAUUUCUCUGAAUUUGCAUCUUUUAUUGCCGUCUUUCGUUCCUUUUCCAGAUUUUAUUGUUGAUUAAAAGCAGAGGCUGUUUAUCACAGUGAUUUGGUCCUGAACCUGAAGAGGUUCUGGUUCUCCUGGAGCCUGUCGAUAGUUUUGGGUUUUAGUUUGGAGUUCUGCUCUUCGCCGCUAAAGGACGAAUCUUAUUUUUCUCACUGUAUUUGGCCUUAAAUCGGUUAAAAGUUGAGGCAGCACAAUGACUGACGUAGCUAAGAGUGUUUCGGUGAGAGAGGUCAGAGGUCGGCUGCGAGGCCCGUCUCUAGCCAGCACGUUGUCGCCCCAGGUGGUGCGUGCGGCCGAGGAGGCGGCGUCCACGCUGGCCGGGUCCAUCCACCCGGAGCAGUGCAUCAAGGUGCUGUGCCCCAUCGUCCAGACCGCCGACUACCCCAUCAACCUGGCCGCCAUCAAGAUGCAGACCAAGGUCAUUGAACGCAUCGCCAAGGACUCGCUGCUGCAGCUGCUGCCCGACAUCAUCCCCGGCCUGCUGCAGGGCUAUGACAACACAGAGAGCAGCGUUCGCAAGGCCAGCGUGUUCUGCCUGGUGGCCAUCUACGCCGUGAUUGGAGAGGAGCUGAAGCCCCACCUGGCACAGCUGACAGGCAGCAAGAUGAAGCUUCUGAACCUCUACAUCAAGCGGGCCCAGACCACCAACAGCAACAGCAGCAGCUCCUCCGACGUUUCUUCUCACAGUUAAUGUGGGACCUGUAGAACCUUCAGAACCUUCUGGACCGAGCAGAACUUCCCGCUCCGCCCUAACCUGCUGUCCUGCUUCGCAUCUGAGCUGGAGCCGACUCAGUUCUCCUGCAGCUUCUCCAUCAGUUCACAUGGCUGGAUCCAGAAGUUCAGCAGCACCUUCUGAUUGUUUUCAACGUGCCCUUAGGAACCGACCCAACCCGUUUA